GCUGCUGCUCGAAGAGCUUGUGGCGGUGAGAUCAUGUGAGAGAGUCCACGCUUGGAGAAAGUAGGUUAGCAGGGUAGACUGAGAGGAAGGCGCUGAGUGUGUGGACCACCGUGGGGAAUAUACUAGCCAAACAGCACCACCAUUCGCGAGGGCGUUUAGGAUGCAACCCAUAACGACUUUCUUCACUCUAUUCUUUCGAUCGGACUUUACCGAACGAUAGAGGACACUUGGGGGUGGGGUGUUUUUCUUACUUUUCCCUUUCCUCGAUACGAGAUCCUGUCUGCGGUCAGGACCAAGAGACAUUUUUAUUUAUACAGCCACUUCUUGCUGGCAGUCAGUGAGUCAGUCAGUCAGUAAGUCAGUCAGUAAGUCACCUGCAGCGCAGCCAAAUGUAGCCGCGCGUCUUUCUAGAUCGGUUAUUAAGAAGAAAACGUCAAAAUGAGAGCUCAGAUCGAGGUCAUUCCCUGUAAAAUCUGCGGGGACAAGUCCUCGGGGAUCCACUAUGGGGUCAUCACCUGUGAAGGCUGCAAGGGGUUCUUCCGUCGCAGCCAGCAAAACAAUGCCAUGUACUCUUGCUCCCGCCAGAGGAACUGUUUGAUCGACCGGACGAACCGCAAUCGUUGCCAGCACUGCCGUCUGCAGAAAUGUCUGGCUUUGGGCAUGAGCCGAGAUGCGGUGAAGUUUGGCCGUAUGUCCAAAAAGCAGCGUGACAGCCUGUACGCUGAGGUGCAGAAACAUCAAAAAUCCCAAGAGUGCGUGGGCUCAGGAGAUGGGGGCUCUACUGCUUUGUCCUUACCCAGAGAGGACGGUGUAUGUGGCAGUAGCAGGGAGGAUGGUGAGGAAGGUUUAAGCCGUUCCUAUAGCACCGGGGGAUCCAGCUCUACCCUCAGCGACCUCGAUGACAUUGCUGCACUCCCAGACCUUUUUGACCUCCCACUGACCCCAGAAGAGGCCAGCGAGUACUGCAGCCUAGAGCUACUGGGCGGGAGUGGAGGGACCAGCACUGGAAACACCUCCAACUCAUCAUCGGCUUCUCCCUCUUCCUCAUCCCUGUCCAAUCAGAAUUCUCCGCAGACAAUGUUGGAUGGGUCAGACAGCAAUGGCAUCCAGCUCCUGCACACACAUUCUCACUCACAUUCACUGCUUGGAGACACGCAUUCACUGCUGGACCAGUUGCCUGAUGACUGCUCAAUAACAGAACUUGAGCGAAUCACUCAGUGUAUUUUGAAGUCUCACUUGGAGACGUGUCAAUACAGUGCUGAGGACAUGAAGAGAUUUACAUGGGUACAAUACACACCUGAGGAAACGCGUGCUUUUCAGAACAAGUCAGCUGAGUGGAUGUGGCAGCAAUGUGCACAUCACAUUACCAACGCCAUCCAAUAUGUUGUGGAGUUUGCCAAACGUAUUGCCGGCUUCAUGGACCUUUGCCAGAAUGACCAGAUUAUUUUGCUGAAAGCAGGAUGCUUGGAGGUUCUGCUGAUUCGGAUGUGCCGGGCUUUUAACGUCAACAACAGUACCAUUUUCUUCAAUGGAAAAUUUGCCUCGCCUCAGUUCUUCAAAGCACUUGGUUGUGAUGACCUGGUGAGUGCAGUAUUUGAACUGGGAAAAGGAUUCUGCCGCCUCCAACUGUCUGAUGAAGAACUGGCCCUGUUUAGUGCGGCUGUUCUUCUCUCCCCUGAUCGGCCAUGGCUUAUGGAUGGCCAAAAGGUUCAGAAGCUUCAAGAGAAAGUUUUCCUGGCUCUGCACCACAGUCUUCACAAGAAUGCUUCUGAGGAGAAGCUGGACAAGAUGCUGUCCAAACUACCUAUCAUGAAAUCUAUUUGUAACCUCCACAUUGAUAAACUGGAGUUUUUCCGUCUGCUCCACCCAGAGACCGCAUAUAGUUUCCCUCCGCUGUACCGGGAGGUGUUUGGAACUGACAUGACCCUCCCCGACUCCACCAACUGCUAGACAGAUGGACUGACUGACUGACUGACUGACAGAAAGACUGACUGGCAGAGAGAUGGAGUGAGUGUAUUUGGAGGAAGGAAAAAGGAGAGACAGAGUAGGAUAUAUAUAUAUAUGUUGACGUUCAACAACCAGCAGUUAAGAGACAAUCUAGGACUUUAAAUACUCCGUCUCCCACGAUUCCAAAGUAGUUCUCCACUUUCUGAGCAGGCAAAGCACCUUACACUACAGACAUGCACGCUCAUGUUCCUCUGCGUAUCGUAGCAGCAUCACUCUAAGCAGAUGCAUGAAGCAGAUACAAGUCAAAAAACUUGUUUAACGUCUGGUCCGCUGUGGAUCACCCAACCUGUAAUGAAUGUACCUCAUCGACGAGCACCAGUGCACAAGCAAGGACUCAAAGCGAAUGUAUAACCCUGUCCCAUUAGACAGUUUUAUACAUGCUCAUAGAGAUAAGAGUUCACUCAAUAUUGAUCUUUCAGUAUGACGUGUGCUCAUAUUGAUACGAAACCACCUUAUUCAUGUACUUAUACUUAGGGACCAAGAUCACUAGUCAUUUUCUAGAAAAAAAAUACACAACUUCACCACCUCGAGCCGCUUCUCUCACAACAUUUCGCCUGUAUUCGGUGCUGCCUUGAGUAGGCCCUUGAGAAACCUCAGUCCCACACAUCCCUUUUCCUUGCAAAUGCCACUUAGAGACAGGGCAAGAUGAAAUAAUCUUUAAUUUAUAUACACGUUUAUAUACAAAUAUUUUAAAUAAGAAUGUACAUAGAUGACUAUUUGAGACUGCAGAGAGCUUUAGAGUGUGUGAGAUUAGUUCAGAGCGAAAGGGAGUGAAAAAAAAAGUGGAUAGAUAGCAUAUAUACACAAAGUAAGCCGAUAUUUGGACUCUGGACUAUUUUCCUCUCUAUAUCGUACUCUCAGGUUUCCAUGACAACCCCUCCCCCUCUUUCUCUUGACAACAAUCCCACUAAGGGCGUGAGCAGACACUUGUUCUAGAAGCAAAUAGGGGUAGUAUGCCCUUGCAGCGGAUGAAACAAAUUGCCUUUGUUUGGCAUUUAAACUGAACUCUGAUGCUGAUGGUCUGCCCCUGCCUGGAGAGACAAGAGGAGGACAAAACCGGACUCUAAAAAAAAGAAAACUUUAACAAGACAAACUUCAUGGACUUCAUUGGAGGGGAUACAAAGUGUCCCCUUCCAGCUGUUUCUAACCAGCAGUCAGGUGUAGUGUAUUUCAAUCACUCAUGUAGUCUCACCUGUUCAGGUCCACAAUUUGUAUCAUAACUCCUUCUUGCUGGUUGGAUAAACUAUUAUUUGUAUAAUUCCUGUUUCUCUUUAAGUCCCAAACCUAACACUUGUUUGAAUGAAAAGCACUUACUGUCCGCUCUUUCUUACUGAACACUAGUGUGAUGCCAGAAAGAGCUACCAGCUGCCCCCGAGUUGGGUGCUAGCGAGACAUUCUCGUUUAUCUUUUUGUCCUUCAAAGACUCUGUUUAUUUCACCUAAACAUAAAGUCAGCUUCUGAAGGUUAGUAUUGAGAUAAAAAUGUCUUACUCGAGACGCUGUCAUGUUUUUAGGGCCUGUCUCCUGCUUCUCAGGGAGCUAGCUGUGACGUCUUGUCCCUUUAUGACCAGCCUUGUACUCGACACACCUUUGCACCCCACAGCCAUAAUAAUCACCGUGGACGUAAGAUCUAUUUUUGUGAAUGUUGCUCACAAACUCUCCGAGCCCAUCCCGUUUGUCCUAAUAUUGUAACAUUACAUUUAUGAGAAUUUUACAUAGGAAUACAAAAAAAUCAGUUUAAAGAUCAAUUUCAUUCUUGGGGUUUAAUGUUCAAUUUUUCAUUUGCUGUGAUGUUCACUUAUUUGUCGUUUAUCCACUUUCUUUACGCGUCUCCACUUUUGUCCUUUUAAGUCAGUAAUCAUUUGUUAAAUUGGCAAAUGAUUUGGAAAGUCCAAAAAAUGAACUAGUUUGUCUCCCUUUUCUUUCCUUGUAUGACAACAUGUACAAGAGAUAUAUUACUAGUUCAAGACUAAGUGAGUCACACAGCUCGAUAUAUAUUGUUGUCCAUUGGGAUACAUUAUAUGUUGUUUUAAGAAUGUAAUAAAUGGUUUCUUCUUUAGAAA